UUUUUUACAAAAAACACAAAAUAAAAAUUAGAAAACCAGAGCUUAUAUAAUUAAACUUUAUUUUCUAAUUCUUAAUUUCAAACUUAAAGUUCCUCAUCUUUCUUUCCAUCCCUGCAUUGACCUUGUCUUGAUAAAAUCUUGAGAUGGUUUGUGUGUGUGAACAUGUGAUCAUAUUUUCUAAGAAGGGAAGGUGCGUGACUUCAGACGGACCAAUCAGAGACAGUCUCUCCUCUUUAAAGUAGACAAAGACUCAAGCUUUUUGUCAUUCUGCGCCAGAAUCCAAACAUGGUAACACCUGCUCGAGUUGUCUUCCUCCUGACAUGUUUGCUUUCAAGGAACACUGCAAUGAGCCCUCCUCUGGAAUCCUCUUCAUCUGAUCUUCGAGAAAGUGUUUUUAUCUCAGCUCAAGUUGGAGGGAUUGUAACUUUACCGUGUUUCUAUGAUGGAAUUUUUUUACAAUAUAUUUUAUGGUACAAACAUAUUCUGGGACAAAAACCAAACCCUAUCUGUCUUUACAGUAAAUACAAAACAGAAGUAUUGUAUUACAAUAAUUAUAAGAACAAAUCACGCUUUACUUUGAAAUCAUCAGACCCCAGUAAUAAUUUGACAAUUUCAAAUCUGAAACUAUCAGACUCAGCUACUUACUUCUGUAUUGCUGGUUAUCAAACAUACAUGAAUUUCUCGGCAGUUCUUACAGUUGAUGUUCAAGGAUCAGGUUUAACCAUCCAGACUUCAGUGGAUCAGUCGUCCUCUGAGAACAUCCAUGCAGGAGACUCUGUGACUCUGAACUGUACAGUACACACUGGGAGCUGUGAUGGAGAACACAGAGUUUACUGGUUCAAAGACUCUGAAGACUCUCAUCCAGGACUCAUUUACACUCAUGGAGGCAGGAAGGAUCAGUGUGAGAGAAAGAAGAACACACAAACACACAGUUGUGUCUAUGAGCUGCACAUGAAGAACCUGACUGAGUCUCAUUCUGGGAUCUACUACUGUGCUGUUGUCUCAUGUGGACACAUACUGUUUGGAAAUGGGACCAAACUGAGCCUCACAGACUCUGCAGCUCCAAUGAACUCUGUGAUUCUUCACACUUUGGUUGGAUUAUUGACCAUCAUGAGCGUCCUCGUUGUUUUUAUGGUUUUUCUUCUGUGGAAGAUCAACAAGAGAAACAACUGCACCUCCACAGAAGAAAGAUCACCUGCUGCCCCCUUAAGAAGCUCAGAGGCUGAGAACAAAGACACAGAAAGUCUCCAUUAUGCUGCUAUAAAUGUGAAGAGGUCCAACAGAUCAAGAAGUCAGAAGAACGGCUCCAACACAGACUGUGUUUAUGCGAGUGUGAGACAACAGAACUGA